UCUGUCCCACGUGACGACCCAACGCACCCCGCAUCUCUUCUGUCCCACGUGACCACCCUACGCCCCUUCCGUCCCACGUGACGACCCCACGCGCCCCCCACCCCCCACGUGUCCAAGCAAAGAUGGAGGAGGAGGUGGUGGCGGUGAAGAAGCGUGCGCUGGACCCGGUGACCGCGGCGCUCGUGUCGCUCAUCCUGGAAAUGGUUUCCUCCAUGGACGAGUCGGAGCGCCUGCUGCUGUCCGACUCGGAGGCGCCCGAAGACGACGACCUGCAGCUGAUGAUCGCCGCUCUGCUCUGCCGGCAGGGCUCCGAGAGUGUGGCGAGCAUCAUUCAGAGCACAGAGGAGCUGAUCCCUCAAGUUAGCCCCGAUGUGUUCCGCCACCACUUCCACGUGUCUCGCCAGACCUUCGACGUGCUUGCCAGCCAGCUGGCGCGCUGCCCUGAGUUCCCCACGGAGCCCUACCAUGGGGGGCGCCCUCCGAUCCCACUCACCAAGGUGCUGCUUGUGGCACUGUGGACGCUGGCCACUCCCGAGUGCCUGCGCACGAUCGGCGAACGCUUCGGCAUCCCGCGCUCCUCCGUGCUCACGUGCCUGCGCAGGGUGUGCGCCGCCACCAUCAACAACCUCAUGAGGGACUACCUGGUCUGGCCCUCGCCGGACGAAUUCGAGGGCAUCGCCGCCGAGUUUGAGCGCCAGAAGGGCUUUCCGGGUAUAAUUGGUGCACUGGACGUUUGCCACAUCGCAAUCAAAGCUCCCACGCUAAACCCAGAAAACUACUACAACCGCAAAGGGUUUUUCUCACUGGUGCUUCAAGCGGUGUGCGACGCCAAUUACAAGUUCCUCGACUGCUUCACCGGUUGGCCUGGGUGCAUCACGGACUUCUGCGUGCUCAAGAAGUCCCCGUUAUUUGAAGAGGCUGAGCAGACGAUACCGCUUCAGUAUCACAUGGUGGCGGACAGUGCUUAUUACCUCAAGUCGUGGCUGAUGACGCCGUAUCGGGAGACCGGCAUGCUUUCGGAUCGCGAGCAGAAGUUCAACUUUGUGCAGAUGUCCACCACGAGCGUGAUCGAGAGGGCCUUUGCCAUGUUGAAGGGCCGGUUUUGUCGCUUGAAGUACCUGGACAUGUCCGAUAUGAACGGAAUGGUGGAUGUGAUCAUGACGGCCUGUGUGUUCCACAACAUUUGUCUGUUGCACGAGACCGAGCUGGAUGACUUUGCCGACGAGUCGAGCAGCAAAGACGUUGCCAUUCACUAUCCCACGGAGGACAUCGCAUUUCAGGACGACGCCGGAGAAAGGAAACGGGAAGAAAUUGCCAACUUGCUCGGGGCCGGUUUUGAACAAGUGUGUUAAACCUGUCGUUGUCCAAAUAAAGGGAAGUCAACAUCUUAAUUUGU